AUGGCUGACGCACUAAAAGCAGAGGGCAAUAAGGCCUUUUCUGCAAAAGACUAUACUACCGCAAUUGAUAAAUUCACCCAGGCUAUUGAGAUCGAACCACAAAAUCACGUCCUCUAUUCCAACCGUUCAGCUGUUUAUGCUGCGACUCAUGACUAUCAGAAGGCUCUCGAUGAUGCCAAUAAAGCGACUGAGAUCAAGCCCGACUGGGCCAAAGGAUGGAGCCGAAAGGGAGCUGCUGCUCGUGGAUUAGGAGACCUUCUUGCGGCUCACGACGCAUACGAGGAGGCGCUUAAAUUGGAACCCACCAACGAUCAGUUCAAGGCUAGUUUCAACGCAGUCAAGCGGGCCAUCGAUGCUGAGGCAAAAGCAGAUGGUUUCCAAGGAGACACAGGUGGUCUUGGUAGCAUGUUCAAUGAUCCGAACCUUAUCCAGAAAUUGGCCAACAAUCCCAAGACGGCCCCUUUGCUCGCCGACCACGAAUUCAUGACCAAGUUGCAGAAACUCAAAGAUAACCCAAACAGUAUCGGUGCAGAACUGGGUGACCCUCGAUUCCUUCAGGUCAUGAGUGUCCUGCUCGGUAUCGACAUGCAAUUUGGCGCUCCGCCAGGUGCUGGUGGACCGUCCGGAGCCACUGAGGCCGAAGAAGAUGUACCCAUGCCAGACGCCCGUCCCAAGCCCACAGAGACUAAGAAAGAACCUGAACCCGAACCCGAACCAGAGGAUGAAGAAACUAUUGCCAAAAAGAAAGCCCAAGAAGCCGGUGAUGCGGAAAAGAAGAUUGGAAACGACUUUUACAAGAAGAAGCAAUUUGCCGAGGCUAUUGAACAUUAUCAGAAAGCUUGGGAACUUAACAAGGAUGUUACCUACUUGAACAAUAUUGGUGCUGCCAAGUUUGAGAGCGGUGAUUACAAGGGGGCUAUUGAGAUUUGCGAAGAAGCGGUUCAAGAGGGCCGUGAACACCGUACGGAUUUCAAGACCAUUGCCAAGUCCUUUGCUCGUAUUGGUAGCGCAUACGAAAAACUUGGCGACCUCACUCAAGCAAUUGAGUAUUACAACCGAUCCCUUACCGAGCACCGUACAGCCGAUGUCCUCACCAAGCUCCGUGCCGUCGAAAAGGCCAAGAUCAAGGCUGAAAAGGAUGCCUACAUCAGUCCCGAAGAAGCCGAGAAGGCUCGUGAGCUCGGCCAGAAGAAGUUCCAAGAGGCAGAUUGGCCAGGUGCCGUCGAUGCAUUUACUGAGAUGACGAAGCGUGCCCCUGACGAUCCUCGUGGUUUCUCGAACCGUGCUGCCGCUUUGAUCAAGCUUAUGGCAUUCCCUCAGGCCGUCCAGGACUGCGACGAGGCUAUCAAGCGUGACGCAUCUUUCAUCCGGGCUUAUAUCCGUAAAGCCCAAGCUCUGCAGGCUAUGAAAGAGUACAGCAAGGCUCUUGAUGCGUUGACAGAGGCAUCCACCCAUGAUACCACGGGCAAGAACGCACGCGAAAUCGAGCAGCAGCAGAACAAAAUCCUAGAAGCGCAGUACAGUGCUCGUGCAGGCGAAACGGAGGAACAGACUGCCGCACGUAUCCAGAACGAUCCAGAGAUCAUGUCCAUCCUCCAAGACCCCAUCAUGCAAACCAUUCUCCAACAAGCAAAGAGCGACCCAGCCGCUCUACAGGAACACAUGAAGAACGCCCAAGUCCGGAGCCAGAUUCAGAAACUAAUCGCUGCUGGCGUCAUUCGUCUCGGACGGUAA